GAUCUAGAUCUAUUAAUAUUAAGAUUUUAUAGAUCGACAGUUUUGAUACAAAAUACAUUAAUUCUUCAUACAAUGUUUUAUUAUUCUAGAUCUAUUUUCCAUUUAAAUUAUUUGGCUAAAUUAUAAUGUAGGAAAAUGCAAGAAAAGCUCGACGUAGAUAAAUUUUAGAUCUAGGUCUAGUGAUCUUUCUUUUUAUUCGACUUAAUAGCUGUAUUAGCCACAGAAUUUCAAAUAACAGUACUGCUAGGCCUACAUAUUAUGUUGGGACAUGGCUAUACACCAUCUAGAUCUAAUUCCUAUAGUCGACUAAGAUGGAAUUAGUCUAUAUUAUAAAUGAUUGUUUCUAACAGGAAAAAAACAACAAAUCUACACUACAGAUCAGUCAGUAAGUCAAGUUAAGGGCACAGAUAGACAGACAUGACCGCAUCAUGGAGCUGACCAAAGUGUCCGUCGUCUUGUCUAUGUUGGCUUGGACACUACUGACCACAACUUCCGGUCAGUGUAUCUCUUCAACUCCAUUUCCGUGUACCUUCAAACUGCUCUACAACAAAACGUUUGUGGACAACAUUGUCCAGUAUCUUGACCAGGACAGCUAUACUGUUAUACUGGAGUACAUUCUCAACUUGACCAAUGUGGGACCGGACUUUGACCUGGUCAAGAGAACCAGCCCUGAUGCGUUUCAACCGUGGAGGUGGUUCCGUACCCAGGGCAAAGCCAGUUCCCAGUUACUUCUCAUCUAUCACUACUACUAUGGCCUCCUGAAGCCCAUGAUGGCAGUCAGCAUCAGUGAACUGAGAGUGGAUCUUGUGGUCAGCCCAAAGGACUGUUUCAGUAACGUGACUCGUGAGGAUGCAGAGGUCAUGAUCAGAAACUAUUUAUUGCAGGAUUUCAACAUUGACAGCAAAACUGCCAAACAUAGCUUCAAGUAUUCUGAUGAUGUUGAGAUUUGUACUGCAAGGAUAGGCAGCAACGCUGGGUGGGGGAAAUUGAUAUACAGAUGCUGUGGCUGUGACUCUGAUGACUCACUCUACUGUCAUGAUGUGUCUGAAGAUGGUUGGGUCUGGGCACUCAAAGUGUUUAUCGUAGUUCUGACUGUCUUCUUUUGUCUCUACAUGCCUGUGCUCAUACCGAAAGCUUACAUUGUGAGCACCUACAGUUAUGACCCUAAAGAUGACCUUAAGUUUCAAAUUGUCAUCACGAAAAAUGCAGAGAGAUAUAGCAAUUUGGAAUCUGCAGCCUUAAUACAAUCAAGUUGUUUGAAACACAUGAAAGCAUUUCUAGAGGAGGUGAAGAAACUUGAAAUUGAUCACAUGACAACGGUCAGCGUAAAAAAACUGGAGCUAUCAAUUAGUGAGGAGAAAAUAUUUGUAGAAAAUGGUCAAACAGUGAAAACAUUGCGAGCUUUAUUUAAUGGACUCAUCAGAUGUAAGAUUCAACGCAGUGAACCAUUGAAAGAAUGUUGUAAUACUCCUGCUUGUGGAACACAUUGUUGCACUAAGUGUCCCAGGUGGAGUUCCUGGCUUCGAGCUUUAAGAACCAUCCUAGUGUUGUCCAUUCUGGCCCUUCCCAGUGUCCCCUUCAUGUAUGCUAUGUGUGUCAAUGGCCUAGACUAUCAAGUCCUGUCUCAGGCCUUCAGGGAGAAAGGACUCAAAAGCACUUUUGAUUUCUACACUGGACCUAUUGUAGGGAAAGUGAUUGUUGGCUUUGUGUCGGUCAUGUAUGUGCUACAUGGACUCAUCAUUGUCAUUGAUGGUGCCAGCAAUCAAAGCAUAAACAAGUUAUACACCGAGGUGCUGAAUGAGGAUGGAAAGAAAGAGAGAGUGCGAAGACGAAUGCAACUGAUGCAAAGGAUAAUCAAAAAAGGUUGUCUGCCCGUGAAAAGAUUUGGUGCCAUAUUUGUUCCAUGUUGGAUUCUGAUGGUGCUUUUGUCUCCCCUUCCUGUUCUGCUGACAUUUUUAAUUAGUAGUCCCAUGGUUCAAGUGAUCAUCCAGCUAGUGAAAAGAAUACUUCUCCGAGCCAGAAUGUUAAAGGACAACCCAAAGAGUGCCAUGAGAAUGUACAACAGAUGUGAAAUGUUUUUGUUUUUCUUCACUGCCAUCUUCAUGGUAGUUGUACUCACUUUUGGUGCCAACUUUCUUGUCCAUGUGUUGGUCAUGACUAUAGUGAUGAUAGUAGUAGAGGCGGAGCUUAUGUACCGGGUUCUCCCAGUCGUUUUCAUCAUGGUAAUCUACAUCAGGGACUCCUACAGUACUAUAGGGAAAAAAUUUGAUGCUUUCCUUGGCACAAUCUUUAACUACGUCAGCAACAAACAAAUAGAUGAAAUGAGGAGGGAGGCGUUCAAGCCAAGUGACGAGCAGGAGAAUAAAAUCUUUAACAUUCCAGCAGACAUUGAUGUACAAAGUAAUCCAUCAGAUGAAAAUACUGCAGAUGAGACAACUGUGACAGUUUCACCUUCCAAAAUGAGACAUCCAAAAUUAACCCCCCUUUUUGAUCUGAAAGAUGGAGCUUUACGUUUUAAGAUGAAACAGUUUCUGGUGUUCUUAGAUAACAAUGACAACUUGUACAUCAGUAAAAAGUUUCUGUUUCACUGCUCAACUGUAGACUGCACUGGGGCACCAGGAACUUUAGGAGAGAACUAUAUCAAUGCCACAAUGGAGUUUUUCAAAAUUGGUGUCUUCAUCCUGUUUAUAUUUCUGGUCAUCAUGGCUUAUGGCUCCAUCUACUACAUCUCUCCCACCAAUCAUCUCUUCAUCACGCUAAUCACUGGCCUCAUUCCACUCAUCAUUAAGAAUAUCUUCAGCGGUGGCAACACUAUACCAACAGUCAAUACUUCCAACUUUAGAUUCCAAGCUCAAUUUAAAGAAAAGGUUGAAACCUUCAAUCAGUGCUGGACAGUAGAAGAUAUCCACUUGAAGCCUAGAGAAUACAAUAAUGAUGACAUUGACCAUGUGUUAAGACUGGAACAGUUUCCAGAGAACAAAAGUGACGUCGACCUGCUUGUUGUCAGCAUAAAUGAUGAAUUCAACCAAUCAUUAUCAGUUGGUCAGAGGCCCAAGAGUCAUGACAGCUCAAGAGGUCAAGGUGACUCAUUAAGAAGUCAUGGAGAUGAAAGAGCUCUACUUGAAGUCACAUCCAACCCAGUCAGUAACAGAGAAAUUGCAUUCACUGACAGACCGUCAAUGAAAGUAAAAACAAUAUUAGCUGACAUCAGUGUUCCAAAAUCAAAGUCUACAGAUGUUCAUCAAACCAAUGUAUAAUGUCACCAUGGAAUUUACUUUUUGUUCAUGUAUUUUCAUAAUGUUGUGAAAGAUAUUGCUAUUAUAGUUAUGAUAUUUUUAUACCUUUCCUCUUAUGUCAAUCUAUUUUUACAAUCCUCUUGCAGCUUGCUUAUACUUCAUAGCUUGAAAAAAACAACAACUUUUGAACAAUUUUUUGCUAACAAUUUGACAGUUUAUAUACAUAUUAGAUUAUUGGCUACAUUGAAAAAAUCUUAUCUCAUAAAGUACAAAAGUUACUUCAAAAGAGAAGAUAGGUCAAUCUAAUCAUGUUAACCACUGACUUAAAUUCUGCCAUGUCAUUGGUUUUCCUGGCUAGCUCAGGCAACCCAUUCAAUGCUCUAAUAGCACUAGGGAAGAAGGAGCAUUUGUACAAAUAUGUCUUAGCAAAUGGAACGAGGAAUGUGCCUUUAUUUUUGUGUCUUUCUGAGUAUUUUAUUAGGUUUUGUUUUUGUAUUUGAAGAUUAUGGUUCAGUGUUUUAUGUAUAAUUGCUACUUUACUUUUAAAUCUUCUAUCCUAGUGAUUUUACUAAAGGUGUUACUCUAGUCAAAUGUGGUUAUUCAUUUGUUAUGAAUCUCACUGCUCUAUUUUGUGUCUGUUCUAGUUUCUUAAUGUUUUCUUGAGUUGAGGGGUCCCAAACGGAGGAUGCAUAUUCUAUUAUUGGCCUAACCAAGGUUAAAUAACAUUUUAGUUUUAUGUUCUUAUUUGAUUUGUAGAGAUUUCUAGUUUGAUUUCCAUGACAGUUUUUCAUUUAUUAUAGCACCUAGGUAUUUUGCAUUUUUAGUCUGUGUUGCUGGUUUACCAUGGAUAAGAUAAGUGGAAUUUGUUGUAUUUUUUUUGUUACUCUUAAUAACUGACAUUUUUCGGGGUGGAAAAACAUAUUCCAAUUUGAUUACAUUUCUGAAUUUCAUCUAAUUUUCUUUGUAAAAUUUCUGUAUCUUGUGUUGUUUUUAUUUUUCUAUAAUAUCAUGUAUAAGAAACAUUUCGCGUUCUUGUUAAGCACAGAAUUUGUUAGUUAAAUAGAUAAAAUAAAAUAAACUGUGCUUAUCACUAUAUCAUGUAGCUGUUUAUGUAAUUAAAUAUUGUUUUUCAUAAUUAUUAUUUACUAUAGUAAUAAUUUUGCUUAAUCAAAGAUGUUAAUCCAAAAUGAGUCUGGUCCCUAUCAUUUCGGACUAUCAGGACUCCACUAUAAUUAAUUUAUUAAGCUCUCUUUAAAGACUUUCUUUGGCCUGUCAUUUAUAUAAGACCACUUACACAAGGUAUACUUGAAAAAUACAAAAUAAAAGAAAGAAAUGGUAGUCUAAUAAACUCAGCAAUGCAGGAUGUUUUGGUGAUGGUUGUAUUGGUGACUAACAUUUCUGGGCUAAUUGUUGUUAACAUAUAUUAUUAAUUAAUAAGAAUACAUUUUUCAAAAGAUUUAAACAUAUUUUAGUUUUGCAUAUGUAUUUCUAUUCCAACGUAUAUAUUUUAUGUGUAAACUUUUUCUAUAAUAUUCUGAAUUAUAAUUAUGUCAUUAAAUGUGUACUUCAUGUCAGUCAUUAUGUUCUUUAGGCAUUAAUGUUAUUCAUUAAGAAUGUGGCUUCACCAUUUGGUGUACAUGUGUGUGUGUGUGCGCUUUUCUUUAAUUAGUCAAAAUUUGUAAGACAUCUUGCUGGACUAUAAUUGUUUUGCCAAUAUGCUUUUUAAAAAUGAAUUUGUCAACAAAACUUAAGUGAACAAUGGUAGGAAAAAAAAUUAUUAUUUUUUUCACACCUAAAUGAUGAAGUAAUACAAAGAAUCACACAAAACAGCAGCUUCAAGAGAUGAUCAUUUGCAUUUAUUAGGUAGUUACAAAUAAUUAAAGUAAAGCAUAUAUUUUUUUCCAUUUUGAGGGCAGCUGGUCUGCCCUUCUAAAAUGUUAAUAUAAAAGAGCUGUAAUGUAAUACAAAUUGCUUGCUUGGAAUUUCAGGGUGGGACUACUAUUGUUCUCUACUUGAAAAUGUCCCUAAAAUUUAUGGAAUUGGCAAGAAGCUUCAUUCAUUGUCCAUUCAUUGAGUCUUCUGGUACCAAUCUGACUUGUUAAGUUCACUCAAUUAUUUGUUAAAUAUUUAAAACUUUGUCUUAUUUUUCAUAAACUGAACAUUUUUGAUUGAGAAAGCUAAAAGCAUGAAAUUAUUCUAAAAAAGAACAAUUGAUAAAAAUAAUUCUAAUCACAAUAUAAAAAUUUGACAGGCCUGUCAUUUAAUAAAAUUCUAUCCAAGGUAAAGAGACAUAGAGGAAUGGAGAAAGAUCUUGUGUGGUGCCCCUGAGGUUUAACAGACAAAGGGAUAGGUGAAAGUUAAUCCAUUAUUGUUUGUCUAGAUCUAUUACAAAUUAUAUUACAUGACUGAUCCAAACUAAUUGAUACAAUUAUACUUAAUAUAAGCUUUGUUUUUUAAAAAGGAUUUUUUUAAAAGGUUUUUCUUGUUAAAUAUCCAGAUUUUCAUGUAGAAAAUAUGUUUAUUACAAAACUCCUAAUUCCAAAGCAGCAAAUGUCCUGCACCAAAACUCAGCUUUAGCGCUAGAUUUGUUUUAUGUACUUUUGUUUGUAAGUAUAAGUUUGUAUUAUUGAAGUCAGAAAGUGAGUUUGCUUUUUAUUAGAAAAACUUUCCUAAUUAUGCGAGAAUGUCAUAAUCAUAUAAUAAUAUAUUGUGGCAUUGAUAUUCUUUCUUUUUAUAGCAAAAAAAUCUGUAUUAGAAAGUUCAUUUUCAGAAGCUUUAUUUGUUUAAAAUUUGUUAUAGCUAAUAAACAUAUUUUAUUACUAGUUCCUUAAUCUUUAUGCAUAGCCAUUGUUUAUGUUCAUUCCUUUUGCAAUCAUUGUAACUUUGGUAAUUUUUUUCAUGUUUAGUUGUUAUUGGUCACAGAUCUUUGUACAAACUUUGUAAGUUUCUAUUAUGUUUAUAUAUAUAUGUAUUAUAUUAUAGUAGGAAAGUUCGUUUUUUUUUUAAUUUCCUUUUUUGUAUGAUAAGUAUGAAAUAUUGACUCAAUUUAUUUGAACACAAGAGUUUUUAUGUCCUUUGCUUUGUACAAUGUUGAUAACAUUCACCAUCAUUCGUUAAUCUAGAUCUUUCAGCAUCAUUUGAUUAAAUGUUUAUCAGCUCACAAUUAUUGUAGGUCACCUUUUAAAUCGAUCAUCAGUUCUCCUGUCCCAGUCUCCUGUAUUUUUUUAUUGAACUGUCAAUCCAAAACAAUAUGUUCAUGUAUUUUCAGAAUAUAUGCAUAUCUCUAUCACCUCUUUUAUAUCAGGCCAGCAUUGUUGGUAGGCCACUUUAUAUUCAUUAGUUUUUAUAUGCACAGAUUCAUAAACACACAAUGUUAUAGAUAUAAAAGAAAUAUUACUGUUUAUUUUGUUUUUUACCAAGCUUUUAUUAACUCUGGUUUUGAUAUCAAAAAGGGAAAUAACUUCCAAAUUAUUGAGAUCUAUAGCUGUAAAGUUCUAUCCUUAAGAUAAGCUUUGUUUUUUAAAAAGGAAUUUUAUUUUUUCCUUGUUUAUAUGUAUGUCAUGUUUAUAUAUAUAUAUAUAUAUCACCAUUAUACUAUAUUGGAGACUUCACAUUUCAUAGGUACCUUGUAUUAUUACAAAUUUAUGCCUGUGUGUACAUCUAUGUACAAGUCACUAAGGUUUUGUUCAACCAAGUGCAAUUAGUUCCUUUUGGUUAAAAUUUUCAUGUUAUUUAACAUUGUGCCAAAUUUA